UAUAUAUAUAUAUAUAUAUAUUCAUUUUCAUACUCCUGCGGCGUGUGGUCGCACGACUCGGUAACAACUGAGCUCAGAAACCAGCAUCACGCCAAGAUCGAGACCGGAGCGCGGUUGUGACGCGGUCUUGUAGCUAUAAGCACCACAACAAGCCCCUACGUGGCGUGAACAAGUUGACCGUUAGACAGACAGACAAAUAUACAGACAUACCAAACGAGAGGACGCAAACAGAUUAUAAUACCUACCAGUCGGCUGAGAAGCUAUUACCGGCAGAAAAAAAUAAUAGUCUAGUUUGUACUGCGCGGGCAGUCAUCGCGGUCGGUGUACGUCAACCUAUCAACGACGACAUUAACCCCGUCAUCGGCGGCGGCGGCAGCAGCAGCAGCAGGAACGCCACCAUCGCCACCGCCGUCGACAAAACACUAUGAGCGGCUUGACGGUGCUGCCGUGUCAUGUUAUGUUAUCACUGCGCCGAACGGAACGACAACUGUAACAACUCGACGAUUCAACGCUUCAGAACGACUUCUAGUACCACACAGCCCUCAGAGCGACUUGUGCUGCUGCUGCUUCCACCGCUGAGACAACAACAACAACUAACACUUGGCACCUAUCAGUAUCGCGUUAUUAGCCGGGCGGAACUGUGUGCACGAGCUCGUGGUUGUGUUCGUCCACGUAUGAGUCUAUUUGUUGCUGCUGUUGAUCGGUAGUGGGUCGAGCUGAGCUGCUGCAUCAACGACAAAAAGCAAAAGCUUCGAUGACAACAAGCUAAGCUUAAACUAAGAGAGAGCGAAUUAUCCCAGCGAAAGUCUCUCUCGAUUCUAUUGCAACUGUUAAUGGUACUCAACAUUUCCGUGUGGUAGUAAUAGGUGCCGUGCUUCGUUCGGUUUGGCCGUGUUGUUGGUGUUUUUGCGUGAGUGUGUGGUCUGUCUGAGUGUGUGUGUGUGUGACAAAUUCGCAGUUCGUAUCGGUCGCUGUUAAUGCUACUGUUGUUAUUGCAGCAGUGUGAAUUCGUUUGUGCUUCAACUGCGUCUAUUAGUGCUUGAAAUACAACGUGUUUUCGCCGUAAGAUGUACAGUCAACGUAGGCAUCAACAACAAUAAACGUUUGGUACCCCGUAAAACGUAAGCGUUGCUGGCAUUUUCCAUUCGCCAGGUGUCUCUCCCCUCCAAUCGCCGUUCUUUCUUCGAAACACUACUAGUCUUGCUACGCUGCACUAGACAAUUAUCACUAGCGCAUGGCGUGUUUGACGUGUCCCGGCGUACGCUUUCAACAAUCUACAGGAAAACAACAACAGCGACGACAGCAACAAGAAGGGCAAGAACAGCGUUUCAACAACACCUCCCUUACCGAACAAUCUCAGCAUCAAGCGUCAUUGUCGCUGUUGUUGUCGUUGACGGCGGAGUCAUUGCGCGACCAUCGUUGCAUCGCUGGCACCGCCGCAUAUCUCAAGGCUGAAGGCCCGCGUUGCUGCUGCUGCCGCCGCUGAAGUGACUACACUGUAAACGGGGCCGGGGCGACAUAGAACGACGCCGAACAGGUUACCAUUACUCUAGAUGUUACUACCGCCACUGCUACUGCACUAAUUCUAUCGGUGACCAGACGACUGCGUCUCUUGUGGAAACAGUCGCGCGAGCAUCAAGAGCCACAGCAGUGUCAAGGGUAUGUGUGUUUGUCUGUGUGAGUUUGCGUCUGCUUUCGCGCCGUGUGGUGCUCCCGCGUUCGCGUCAUAGUCCGUCGCGUUCACGCUGUUGCUGCUGCCGUUGGUGAAUGUCCGUCUUUUUUGUCUCCUUUCGCUACGGCCCGGCGAUAGGUCGAGCAGCUUGGACGGUAUAUCCGUGCGUGCUGUUGCUCGAUCGUGUUAUUGGCCGACCGCUUUCGUUGCUACGAUCGCCGCCGCGGUGCGCUGGUGAGUUCUUGGUUGUUGUUGGUAUUUUCGUCAUCGUUCGGCGUUUAGUCUGUGGCGAGCGUCGGCAACAGACAGCGCGCUAGUUAGCGAGCCCGCUCUAGCAGCGGCAGCCACGUCGACAACGACGAGCCGCCUCGGCUCUGUUGUCGUUCGUUGGGGAUUUCAUUCCAGAGAGACAAACGCCUUCGAGGGGAAAGCCCCAGCAUCACUAGCAGCGUCACCAGUAGCGUACAGCAGCAGCAGCAGCAGCCUCAACCGCUGGCUCCGCACAGCAAUCGCAAUCGCCGCCCGGUCGGAGGAGUACACGACCGCAGUUCCGUUGUCAUUAGUGUUGUGCUACCUGGACCUGAAAUAGUGGAGCGCGACUUGGCACACACGCGCAACGUGGGAUCGCGCUGCCGCUUCUGCUGUCGUUACUGGCGUUGUACGGGAACACACAGGCUAGGCAUCAACCAACCAUCCACAGGAAAGUACCCCGAACGGACGGAGCGUCGCCAAAGCGCUCAGCAUCGCGGCAACUCACCAUCGAACGACAACGUUAUCGAGUGCGCUGACGGUGUUGCUCACUGUGUCAUCAACAAGACGGGAUGGAACCAACAAUAAACCCAGACAAACAGUUACUUGCUGUCAUCGUGUCUCAUCUCCCGGGAUUUGAUGGCAUCCGCGUCAUUUGAAGACGACGUAAGCGAAUAGUGUUGAAGCAUCUUGCGCGCUAAUUGUAGGCAGCGCAGAGUCAUGGCGUAGCAGCUCAGUUGUGUAUAUCUGGGCGUGUCGACUAAAAGAGAACGAAACAACAACAGAUAACCAAUAUACAGUCGUCGCAGCACCGCAGUCGGUAACGAUAUCAAAAUAGCAACGACAACAAUAACAGUAAUAGCAGCUAUAUAGAAAAGGCAUUCGAGAGGACAAGCUCAAAGAGCAAGCUGCAAUGCCCGCAGAUGUACUUGAUCUUAGUUAAUAAAGAAACUAACUGUGGACUAUCCGCGCGCCAGAUUAUCUUGUCUACGUGCAAGACGCCCGUAUCGUUUCCAAUUUUUAUAUUGGGAAAGCGAAUGUACGGAUAAUUGUUUCGUCACCAUCACGAUGCUCGGUAGCAGGCAAUAAUAAAGCCUCAUCACCUUUUGUGGCCAAUCUAUAAACAAACAGUUAAAAUAACAACAACAACAACAUAGAUAACCGCCAAGCGAAUAUUUACAUGACCAUUGAAACUUGCAAUUCAAAAUAGCAGACAUUCACGGACGAACAAGAAAGACCUAUUCAAAGAAGGAAAACGUUCAGAAAAAGGAUACAGCCAAAAACCGAGAAGAAAAUAGUUCGUUAUAAGUGUUUAGUCAGAAGAGGCAGAUCAAGCGAACCUGACCUGUUAUAUAUAUAUAUAUACACAUAUAUAUAUAUAUAUAUAUAUAUAUAUAUAUAUAUAUAUAUACAUAUAUAUAUAUAUAUAUAUUAGUACCUCACUAUGUCAGUAACCUAUCUGAUACUUUGAGCUAAAGGAACUGCCAUCCAUCGAUCCAUGAAUCAUUAUUAUUGUUGUUGUUGUUGUCCAUGUUGUUUUAUGCCGAGUAUAGAACAAAAGGAACCGCAAAAACCGCACCGGCGUCAUCUAACGAGAUCUACUUUCGUACUAAUUAGCAACAGUAAUUGCCACAGCUUCCGUAACUGGAAGCAGCAGCAGCAGCAGCAGAAGCAACAGCAGCAGCAGCAGCAGCAGUAACAGUCAUCACAACAAAUAUAAUACUGAUUGUUAUUGGAAUUGUUGUUGAAAUGUGAUGAAAGCCUUACUAUGCUACAGAUUAUAAUUAUGUCGGUACAACUAACGACGAAGUAGAUAAUGAUCGCAAAAACUUCGUUAUCGAUGAUUGUGACCAUGAUGACAACGUCAGCCGCAUUCACGAUGAUUGGUACAAUGAUUACGACGAUUUUGACGAUCGACAGCGGAAAGAGCUUUUGAAUUUUUUGUACAAAUUUAACUAGUCACCUCGUCGUUCUUCGUAUUAUUCCUCCUUUUCUUCAGCUGCUUAUGACGACCUCGUUGAUUUCACGCGACGAGAGUUGGUGAGAAAUUGAGAAUAUGUAAAAGCGAUUACGGUCGCCUACACUACUGCUACCACCACCACCACCACCACCACCACUAAUUAGUACUACUUCUAUACUGCUACAAUAACCGCAACUGUUUUCGGCUCCUCAAAGUACGGAGCAAAAGAAAGAGAGGGAAAAGGCGCGCGAGUCAGCGGCCGUGUAGACGGACCCAGCAAUUGAUUCGAGUGUGAUCGACUGAAGUGCAGCACAGAGCUGGUGGUCGUAAACCAUGUUUACCUCGGACUUCAGCAUACAACUACUUCGCUACUACUACCAUUAGUGGUACUUUUAGAUAAAGAAAUUUUUUGUCUCAAAAAAAACAACACUUCGAAGUUGACAACGGAGAAGCACCUCCACGAAGACUGUGUGCAGACUAAUGGCGACGGGUUUAGCUAUCUAAAAGCUAACUGUGUAGGAAAACGACAGGGAAGGAAAGAAGUUUACAAGCACAACAACAACAACAACAACAACAACAACAACAACAACAAUAAUCGUUCAGUUUAACCGAGCCUAUUUAUAGGACGACAGUGCUGAUAAAAGCAUGAACAUAUGAGAGGGCAUAUAGGCGACGUCGAACCUCGUCUGCUACUAAUUACGCUGUUAAGAAAUCAAGUCUAAUCACUUAAUCGUAAGGAUAGUAAUCAUCUAUUACAGGCGCGCAUCUAGUUGUUGUUUCAAUUAUAUACUACUGAAACUACUACAAGUACGAAAACCGAUUACACUACCAUGUUACAUCUCGAUUGCUAAUAUCGCUACGUCUUUGAUGACAAGCAUCUCUGAUUAGAGAGCGCAAACGGACGUAACCGACAAGGAUACGUGACACUGUUGAGGUGGUUGUAACGAAGUGUGAAGAUUUCGGCCUGUCGACAUUCAUUCACCAACGUAUUAGCCUCUUCUCGGCUCUGCAUAAAAGGCGCGUAAGUUGCCUGCUUUAGGACUGAGUUGUUGGAAAACAGUCAUAACUAGACUGAAGAAGCUUACAGAGCCGCGAGGUGGUCGCUUUGUUGCGACCCCACGUAGGUUCUUACCGUUCGGUAAUCGCGCUGGUGGAACGUACAGCCGACGCGGUGAGUUCGCCACCGGCGUCACCCGAACUCAGCAGGAUGGGCUGCUUCGGCGGAGGUGGCUCAAGGGACGCCGAGGAGGACAAGAAACGCAAGGAAGCUAACAAAAAGAUCGAAAAACAAAUCCAGAAGGACAAACAGGUCUACCGCGCAACGCACCGACUAUUGUUGUUAGGUGCUGGUGAGUCCGGAAAGAGCACAAUAGUGAAACAAAUGCGAAUUCUGCACGUCAACGGCUUCAGCGAGGACGAACGCAAGCAGAAAAUUGACGACAUCAAGAAAAACAUUCGCGAUGCUAUCCUCACGAUAACAGGCGCCAUGUCCACGCUCGUACCUCCUGUUCAACUGGAGCAUCCUGAGAACCAGGCACGGGUCGAUUACAUCCAGGAUGUCGCGUCUGCACCAAAUUUUGAUUAUCCACCGGAGUUUUACGAACACACGGAAAUCCUUUGGAAAGACCGAGGGGUUAUUGCGGCGUUCGAGAGAUCCAACGAGUACCAACUCAUCGACUGCGCCAAGUACUUUCUCGAUAGAGUGUCAGCCAUUAAACAGGCAGAUUACACACCAAACGAGCAAGACAUCCUACGCUGUCGGGUGCUCACGUCCGGUAUCUUUGAGACUAAAUUCCAGGUGGACAAGGUGAACUUCCAUAUGUUUGAUGUAGGCGGGCAACGAGACGAACGUCGUAAAUGGAUUCAAUGUUUUAACGACGUGACUGCCAUCAUCUUUGUUACGGCCUGCUCGUCGUACAAUAUGGUUUUGCGAGAAGAUCCAAACCAAAACCGCUUACGAGAAAGUUUAGACCUAUUCAAGUCUAUCUGGAAUAACCGAUGGCUUCGGACGAUAUCGGUAAUAUUGUUUUUGAAUAAGCAAGAUCUACUGGCUGAGAAAAUAAAGGCACAGAAAUCAAAACUAGAGGACUACUUUCCCGAGUUCGCCAAUUACCAAACGCCGGCCGAUGCUAUCACGGAUAGUGGGGAGGACCCCGAAGUAAUAAGGGCAAAAUACUUUAUUCGCGAUGAGUUCCUUCGGAUCAGCACAGCGUCGGGCGACGGUAAGCAUUACUGCUAUCCCCAUUUUACGUGUGCAGUUGACACGGAAAAUAUUCGAAGAGUGUUCAACGACUGCCGGGACAUUAUUCAGAGGAUGCAUCUGCGCCAAUACGAACUGCUCUAGUCCCGCACUCGCCGAAGAGAGCACAUAUUAUAUAGAUAGGCCCAGGCGUCGUGUUAAAACUGUGGUAUAUUCAAUAGAAUUUCCGUAGUAGGUCAUAUAUACAUAAAUAUUUAUAUACAUGUAUUUAUGUACGUACGACAUCUGCCAGUCGCGUAUCCGCAAAGCGAUUGACCGAUACACUUCGGAGAUUGCAGUUUGCCUAUAUCUGCGCCACGCGUAUUGGGCCUAUUAUUAUUAUAAAUAUAUACAUGUUGACGCUAGCAGAACGAGUCGCAAGGAAAAACAGAGAGCAGGGGCUGCCAUGUUGCGGAAAGUAUAUAUAUAUAUAUAUAUAUAGAGAGAGAAAGAGAGAGAGAGCCAGAG